AUUAACUAACGCUGGAAAACAGAUAUUAACUUGGCCAGUGCAGGAGUAUACUGCCACAAAGACAAAAACGUUGAACUGAAACGUUUUAGAUUUAUUUACAUUUGCUCGAGAAAAUCACAGCUUUUCUCCCUUUUUUUGCAAAUAUAUUAACUUAUAGAAUUUGCUACGCCGAAAUUAAUUUCUGAAAUGGUUAUUUUCGAACUUUUGGUAAUAAGUGUGGUGAUGGUAACCAUUAGAGAGGCAAAACAUGUGUCCAAUCUCCAUAUGGAAAUCCCUGAAAGGCACAUGACAUUGAGUGACCAAUUCUUCGUUGAUGUUAGAGCACUUCUUAAGCGACAAACUGUGGAUGAGAUAAUGGAUGCGCAAAGACAGUACAAAGAAGACGAUUUCGGAAUGCAGAGUGGAGAAAAAUCUAUUGGAACGGUUGUACCCACUCCAGUUCCAACUCCAGUGCUUGUUGAAAACUGGCCCAAAACCAAUCACAAACUCGGUCAAGUAACAGCUGUUUCAAUUGAUACCCAAGGAAAACCUGUAAUUUUUCAUCGUGCCGAUAGGUAUUGGAAUGCCAACUCAUUUAAUGAUAGUCACAUCUACCAUAUGAUUGAAUAUGGUCCAAUUAAGCAGAAAACUAUAUAUAUUCUGGACCCGAAAACUGGUGAUAUUAUUUCAGGAUGGGGUGAAGACCUCUUUUACAUGCCCCACGGAAUGACUAUAGACACACAUGGAAAUUAUUGGAUCACUGAUGUGGCUAUGCAUCAAGCUUUCAAAUUUAAGGCAAAUGAAGCUAAACCUCAGUUGAUAAUUGGAAAACGUUUUAGGCCAGGCUCAUCUUUAAAACAUCUCUGCAAACCUACCUCAAUAGCGGUGGCAACAACAGGAGAAUUUUUUAUUGCCGAUGGCUAUUGCAAUCAAAGGAUUUUGAAAUUCAAUGCAGCUGGAAGACUUCUCCGAACCAUACCUCAACCUCCAGAAUUCCUUUCCCUGCAAGUGCCUCACGCUAUUACCCUUUUGGAAAAGCUAGAUCUUCUCUGCAUUGCCGAUCGUGAAAAUAUGAGGGUUGUAUGCCCAAAGGCAGGCCUAAGGUCAUCUCAAGGAGAGGGACAACCAGCAGUAACCAUUCAAGAACCGGACUUCGGGAGAGUAUUUGGAGUUGCAGCGUAUGGAAAUUUUGUGUAUGCAAUAAAUGGGCCUACUUCCAUGCUACCAGUUAGAGGGUUCACUUUAGAUCCUCGUUCUGAAACUAUUAUUGGUCAUUGGGGCAAUUUCAAAAGCCCCCACUCGAUCGCUGUCAGCGUAAAUGAUUCCGCUUUAUACGUCACAGAAAUAGGAACAGAUCAACUUACCAACCGUAUCUGGAAAUAUGUUUUGGUUUAAACUGCGCACAGCAAUUAUUUAUGUCAUAAGCACUGAGUAGCAAUUGUAAUGUAUGUACACACUUAUGGCAAAUCAAAAUAAAUGAAAUAUAUUUAUGUUCGAGUAGAAUUACAA